AUGCCAGGCAUUCGACGUGUUGCUAUUUUUCUCCUGUGUCUUAAUUUUUUAACGAUCCAUGCGACUGAGAAUCAAAAUGACACGAGGAUUUUAUCCAGGCCGAAAAGGUACUUGAUCUUCCCGGAGGGCAGCAAUAUGCAGAUGGUAUACUGUCUGACCUUUGGAACGUACAUUACAGAAACAGACGUGGUGGUGGGAAUAACAGCUGCUAUGGCUUGGGAGCUACCGACCAAAGUUGACCCAAAAGUAACAAAGCUGCUUCAUCGUCGAACCAGAAGCGUCAUGUUUCCCAAAAUAGAGGCGUUUUUGCAGUCGACGGGACUUGAUGGGAAGGCUUGCGUGAUGAAGGCACUUUGCGAAGCGGCCCAAAGGGAUCCUGCUGACGUAGGCAAAGGAACCCUGGUCCAGGAACUUCUACACGUAAUAUUUACGUUGCCCAGGGACGGAGGACGGUUCGAGCGAUCGCGGGAUCAAGCUUACGAGCACGCAUACCGGAGCAGCGAAAAUUGCGGCCAACUUUAUCCGACUUGCCGGCACUCCAUUUACGACCUAGACUUCUGA